CACUCGUCAACAUCCAAACAAUAAUUUCGAAUGUUGACGAUACCUACCUACCCUAAUAGCUAUGGAUAUUCUUCACAGCCUAGACUCCGACUGGGCUGCCGGACGAUGUGAGAAACUCCAAACGCCUAGCUAUCUCAAUCUAGCACUGUCCAUUUUCAUUCUCCUCGGAAUCCUAGUCUCCUAUCUUCCGCAGCACUAUCGGAUCAUCGCGCGCGGAACCUCCGAAGGCAUCUCUCCCUACUUCGUCCUUCUGGGCACCACGUCCGGCACAUGCGCUUUCGCCAAUAUACUUGUGCUUCCGGCGUCUCGCGCCGACGUAGCAUGCUGCAAGACUGUCAGUGCAUUUGAGUGCGUGGCUGGACUGUUAGGAAUUGCCCAGGUCGGCGUACAGUGGUUUUGCUUCACGGUGAUCCUCAUACUCUUUCUCGUGUUCUUCCCCCGAGACGCGGGGGCGGCAGACCCGGAGGCUGGGGAGGAGAUUCAAUAUACGUGGCGCACGGCGGUUACGGUUGCGUUUGUUUGCCUGCUCCAUGGUUUGGCUACGAUCUUGAUAAGCGCGGCAUUGGCGCUAUCGCGUCCGCAUUAUUUGGGCGCGUGGGCCAAUCUGUUGGGGAUUUCGGCUACGAUAUUGGCUGCGAUACAAUACGUGCCGCAGAUUUGGAUGACGUACAAUCUUGGCCAUGUUGGAAGCUUGAGUAUACCAAUGAUGCUGAUCCAGACCCCGGGCAGCUUUGUCUGGUCUGCAAGCCUGGCCGCGAGAUUGGGUAUCGAAGGGUGGAGUACUUGGGGCGUGUUUCUGGUCACGGGAUGUUUGCAGGGAUGUCUUCUGGUUAUGGGCAUCUGCUUCGAGGUGAAGGCGAGGAGAGAAAAGCUGGGCGUGGAAGGAAGCGUGCCAAACGCGACCUGCAUUGUAGGAUAUAUCCAAAGCCCGAGGGUAGACGUCGAGACGGACGAUGAAGGCGGUGCGAACGUGGAGGACGGACUCACGGAGCAGACCCCGCUCCUCAAUGGAUCGCAGAAGUCAUCUCGUACUAGACUCUCAACUCGAUGAGAGAGUUUUAUUUUGUUUUAUUUACUCGGUUAGAAAGAUUUUCCUCGUUGAUCAACAACAAGUGUCCAACUGUGUUAACCAUGCAUCAUCGUACUCUUCCCCCUUUUUG